GGUCAGAGAGCGUCACUCACAAGCCAGAGUGUGAGGGAGAGGGUCGCACGGCAACUACCUCAGUCUGAGUGCCCCCUAAUAGUGCCAGUAUGCCGCGUGGACGCCCCAAGGGCUCCGGGAUGGCGGUAGACAAGCCCCGGGGCAGGUUGUCAGCCUACGCCUUCUUCGUACAGACGUGCCGCACAGAACACAAGAAGCUUCACCCAGAUGAGAACGUGCAGCUCGCGGAGUUCUCCCGCCAGUGUUCUGAGCGCUGGAAGACCAUGUCCGAGGCUGAAAAGAAGAAGUUCCACGAUUUAGCAGACCAGGACAAGAUACGCUACAACGCUCAGAUGCGGGACUUCGUUCCACCAGGAGGUCUCGUUGGGCGUCGUGGGCGGCGGUCGCGAGGCAACAAGCCGCCUAAGGACCCUAACAAGCCUAAGCGCGCUCUCUCCGCCUUCUUCUACUACGCCAACGACGAGAGGGCCAAGGUGCGUGCUGCAAAUCCUGACUUCUCCGUGGGAGAAGUGGCAAAGGAAUUAGGGCGGCAGUGGAAUGAGCUUACUGAGAACGACAAGCUCAAGUACGAGAAACUGGCCGAGGAGGACCGCGCCAGGUACGACCGGGAGAUGACAGCGUACCGGGCCGGGGAAGCACCACCUAAGAAGCUGAAGGCUACCAAUGGUCACCCGGCGGUAGCGGCGGUAACUCAAGAUGACGAUGAUAACGAAAAUGGCCUUGCUCCUGACGAUGACGACGACGACGACGAGGAAGAAGACGAGGAUUAGUUGAGGUGUUUGGGACGGUCGUGGUGGUGACGGUGUGGUGAUAGUGUUAUGAUAUGAUGUACAAACUUAUUUUUAUACGGCUAAGCCCUGUACAUUUUAUAGUGUAAGGCGGCCCGUUGGCCUCUCAAGGAUCUUCACCACAGCAACGUGUAUCAGGACCAUGUACUUAAUGACCUCAUUUUUGAACGUUUAAUUUAGUUUUUAUAUUUUGUAUCAAUAAACAGGAAAAAAGGAA